UUUUCUCUUAUUUUUUUGGUGCUAUUUUUCCUUCCCUCUUCUUUGAUGCUGAUCCUAGAGUAGUGGCUACCAUGACAACAGAGGCGAGUGCAGUGAGCGAGGCGGACACUGAAGGCAAGCAGAAGGCCAGCGGCGCCGAGCCCGAACCCGAACCGGAGAGCAAGCAGAAGUCGGAGGCGGCGGCGUCCGAGCCGGAGGGCGAGCAGUCGAGCAAGAAGGCCCAGGAGCAGGCCUCUGAGCCUGGGCCCGCGGACCUAGCUACCUCCCCCGAGGAGGAGCAGCUGAAGCCUCGCACCAGGACUUCAGCCGGCAAGGGCCUGUCUCGGCUCUUCUCCAACUUCCUCAAGCGCCGCUCGCAGUGCUCCGAGGGAGAGGGGUUCGAGGCGGAGAAAGCCCGAGAGGAGAAGGCGGACAAAGAGGAAAAGGCUGACAAGGCAGAAGAGGUGAAGGUGGAAGAAGUGAAGAGUGAAGAAGAGGAGGCUAAAGCGGAGGAGGAAAAACCUGAGGUCAAAGAAGCGAAGAAGAAGGAAGAAAAAGUAGAGGAGAAAGAGGAGAAAAAGAAAGUGGAAGAAAAGGUUGAGAAGAAGGGCAACACAGCCUGCAGUCCAAGCCCGGUUUUGUCAUAA